GUCACAUGAAGACUGGGUGAGACAAGGAGACACAUGAAGGGUGGGUGAGACAAGGAGACAAAUGAAGGGUGGGUGAGACAAGGAGCCGAUAUAAUGAUAAGCUGUUUAAUGCUGCUACCACAAUAAACAUAUUUUCUGGGACUGCACUCAAACUUUAACAAAGAUAGUUGCACCCUGGGCAGGUGCCUUUACUACUUACCCCUAGUUCCAGCCCUGCUGACCAGUCAUUGACUUUCCUCUUCUUCUGUUUUCCAGGUGAUGUUGGCACAAGAUUCUAUCAGCCGGGACCUUGUGGCCAUAAAAAUCAUCAAAAAGAAGGUUCUCCUGCAGGAUGAGGUUGAUAGAGAAGGUGCAAUGGCAGAGCGUCAGGCACUAGUUCUCGCCUCUGGUGGUGUAUAUGUGACAUCUUUAUAUGCCACCUUCCAGAGCCCGGAACAUCUUUUCUUUGUCAUGCCAUAUAUCAGUGGAGGAACUUUACACCAACGCAUGGCAAAGACCCAGUAUUUGGAAGCCCACAGCAUAUUGUAAGUACCGAGGGGAACUGGAAAAUGAGUUUAGAUAAUAGAAAAAACAAUAGGCUGAAUAUAAUGUCUCCCUCACAUACAGCUGGAGUAUGUGUCCUACUGUACAUCCGCUCUAUUCAAAGGAAUAGAACAAAGCUACAGACACACUGUUCCUUAAAUGCCUGAUUUUUAGCUCUAUAGAUAUGUGGGAAAUACUGGAGUAAGAAAGCUGAACAUUUCUAU